GUAUUCUAGUGAAAGUAAGUACCAGCUCUGUGGUUAAGAGUAAUAGCCUAAGACUUGUUUCCAGAAUGUAAGUUCCUGAAGAUCUGCAGCAACAGCAAGUUAGAUCCUUACAGCUAAGGGAAUAAGACAUGUCACAGUGCUGACUUGGUUUCUUCUGUUUUAGUUAGCUGACAUGGUGUUUUCUUCUCUUGAGAAUUCUCAAGGAAAUCACAAGUUACAAAAUUCUAGGCUAUUAGAAAAAUUCUAGACUCUUCCAAACUUUGUUCUUUGUGAAUGGUGCUCUUGAUUUCUUUAAUACUGCUAUAUAAUGAAAGAUUUCUGUUGUGACUGAUAGCAGGUUGAGUUUGUGCUAGUUCUGUACUGUUUUGUUCAAUGGUAUAAGUGUUAAUUUUUAUAUGAAAAUUUCACAUAAACUGUGUCAAGAGUGUAUGGCAGUGUAUACAUACGUAUGCAUAUUUUAAAUGAGGUAUUGUCUAUUUUGUAUGUUUUAAUUUUUACAUAUUUAUACCAAAUAUUGCACUGACUCGUGUUUCUGUUUGCAGGGCCUUCUGAUAUCUGCCAUUUUGACUGACUACAUCAAUAAGAUGCUGAUGCUCUUGGCUAUUCCUUCAUUCUUCCUGAAACUGUGAUAAAGCAGCUAUGCCUGUUCAGUUGAUGAAGAUCGUCAAAGGAAAAUCUAAGCCUCCGCUACCAAGCCAUUUGCAGAAGGAGGAUUUGAAACAUUUGCGAGAAGGCUUUGAUCAUACCAACAAAUAUUUCCAGGGAACAGUUAUUCUUUCCUACCCGGUAACAAAACUCAAAGAUGGGACAGACUUUUUCAAGGUCGUUCUUCAAGAUACGGAUAACUCAUGUUCACGGAUCAACAGCAUCAAUAUUUUAAUAUAUGGAAAAAUGGCAGAGGAUUGUGCACAAGUUGUACUCCAUGGGGACACCGUUGUAGUUGCAGGAUUUAAGUUGGCAAAAUCGCCUACAGCACGAGAGGAUGGUAGACAUGGUUGCCACCUGGAGGUGUCUGAAGAAUCUGGAUCAGCCAUUUAUAUUUACAGUACACAAACAACAACUGCUGCUUCAAAAACUGCACUGGUGUCUGUUGCACCCAAAUAUGUGUACACUCCUCUGAAUCAUCUUAAGCAUGGAACUGUGGUGAAUUUGUAUGGCAUUGUGAAAUUCUUCAAGCCUCCAUAUAUAAGCAAAGGAACUGAUUUCUGCUCAGUUAUAACACUUGUGGACCCAUCAAAUGCAAAGUUAACAUGCUCUCUUUUCAACGGAAAUCUGGAUUCCCUACCAAAAGUCUACAGAGUUGGAGAUAUUGUCCGAUUUCAUAGAAUAAAGAUCAGGGAAUACAAUGGACGGAUGCAGGGAAUUACCAGUGGAGGAUUUGCAUCCUUGACAUUUGAUGGAACUGUAGGAGCACCAAUAGUUCCUCGAACCUCUAGCAAAGGGUACAGUUUCGUGGAUGAAGAACACAAAACAAUAGAAGAUUUACGUGUUUGGGCAGCCAGUAAUCUUUCUGUCUCUGAACCUGCACUAAAAUUGUCUGGUGUUCAGCCAAUGCUGUUCUUUGAUCUCACUUGCCAGCUGGUAGGAAAAGCAAAAGUGGAUGGAUCUUCUUUUCUUCUAAAGGUAUGGGAUGGCACAAAAUGUCCCUACCCAACGUGGAAGGUUCCUGUGGAAGCAAGGAACCUGGAAGGAGAAAAAGUUCUUCUUCGUCGGCUGCAAAAUCUAACAGUAGACAUUCUAGUUUAUGACAACCAUGUACAUCUGGCAAGAUCCCUUAAGAUUGGAAGUUUUCUGAGAAUUUACAGUAUUCGUACAAAACAAACAAGUGCUGAUAGUGAAGAUGCCUCACAUAUAGAAUUUCAUCUUCAUGGAGGUACCGGUUAUGGUCGAGGAAUAGGAGUCUUACCAGAAAGUCACCCGGAUGUUAAGGAUCUAAAAGUAUUCUUAGAAUCUGUGGAUCUGUCCGACAGUCAGAAUAUGGAAAGCAUGUCUUCAGUCGAAGUAGGUGACACUUUUUACAAUGAUACAGAUUUUGAAUCAGACUUGAAGAGGUAUCAGCAGUUAACUGUUACAGUAUUAACGAGUCAUCUGGAUCUGAAUAACACAGAACUGAAAACCGUUCUGAGCAGCACGGCUCCUCAGCAGUACCGCAUUAGAGCAAAGCUGGGAACUUAUAAACCCCAGAAGCUCUAUCAGGCUGUUAAACUUCAUUGUUCCAAAUGCAACUCUUUGCAAGAAGUUCCACAUGGAGAUGAGUUGGCCUCGAUUUUACAAGGCUCUGCCAUUCCUGCUUCAAACCCAGAAUUACACAACACAUCAUGGUAUGAUUCUGCAAUGUGGACUACACAAGACCAGAAACAAAGGAACAUAGCUAUCCAUUUUGUAAAGCAUGAAGGUAUUCUUCAAAAUCCUGAAACUUCAUUGCUUAUGAUAGAAGGUGGAACAUUAAAAGAAAUCUGGAAGCUUACAAAGAAAUUUAAAUGUGUUAUUCCUGUGAGAUCCACAGAACAUGAUCUUGACUUACUAGAUCUUUCAGUUCCUUUUCUUUUCCAAGGGAACAUAAAAUAUUAUGGGUGCAAGCAGUGUUCAACUCCGAAGCCUAUCAAGAGUCUAAGUUCCAUGGUAGCAGAAAAACAACCACCAUCAUGGGAACCAACUGAAAUAGCACAAGUUUUAGGCAUUGAGCCACUCCAGUAUGUUUUUAUUAUGAAGUUUACACUGGUUGAUGGAACAGGAGCACUAGAUGCAUACCUUCUUGACUAUGAAAAGUUCUUCAAAAUUCCUGCCUCUGAAAUCUUAACUAGUGAUUUUCUUCAGCAGAAGAUGCAGAUGAUCAUGAAUGCCCUCUGUCCUCCAGGAGGAAACUUAGAUGACUUACCGUGGCUGGAAUGCUUCAUCAAGUCCUAUAAUGUCAGAGAUGGAAUGAAUCAUCAAGUUUAUUACCAAAUUUUUGACACUACAAUUGUUGAAGAUGUUAUAUAACGAUGUGUUGCUAAUUGGAUUCUUAACUGGAUUACUUCCUGUUUUGGGAUCAGAGACUAUGAAAAAUCUUUGUUCCUUUCUUGGAAUUCAACCUGUAUGUAUGAAGUUUUAGUUUGUAUAUUAAUAUGAAUGGAAAUUAUGCUUUGAUGUAUUUACUACUUUCCUGGAAUACAGCCUUAUGAUCUGAGGGCAAGAGCAGGUGCUAAGCUUUUCAGUGGAGGCUGCUUGGCUCAUGCUGAGGUAGGCAGUCUGGUAUUCACCUGUCCUUCAAGAAGCCAGCAAUGAGGUUACUCUAAACUGGUGUUUUACUCAGAAAGUACAGUCAGAAUGUUGCUGCUUUGUUCAUUUCUGUUUUAAAAUAAACAAGGUCAGCAGAGAUAAGGAAAAGGAGCUCUUCAGUAAACUUCCUCUCAGACAACUUUGUGCAAGCAUGUGUUACUGUUUGCAGCCAGUUUGAUGGGGAGGUUGGCCAUUUUUAGACUAAUUUGAUUUUGCACCGAUACAUACGUUUAGACAGAACUCUUCCUGAUAAUCACUAAGGUAAUUGCUGUGUGCACCAGUUACUGUAAAUUUUGAUGGAGAUACGACGUGACCAUGUCAUGUUUAUCACUAAAAUUAAAGUCAAGCUAUGAAAGUAAGGUAAAAUUGUAAAAUAAAUAUUGACAUUCACUAGAAUAUAAUGUUUUUUUAAGGUGGCCCUACUGGGUACCAGAGUUGUUAGCAUGCUUAUUAGCUGGGUGUGUGUUUCCAAAGGCUCUCACAUAUCUGUCUGAAUUUAUUGUCAGAUUACACUGCCCAGAUCUGCCUUUUCUGCCUCACGUAAUCAGAUUAGAUGACUAAAUUUAGAGUUACAGAACUGAUCUAGUGGCUUAAAAAUACUACUGGGCUAGAAAAAUUACUCAGUGGUUUUACUUUGCAUUCAGAAGUCUGUAGAACAAAUUCAGGACAUGUUUCUCCAAGGAUUAUUAACGUAGAAAUCACUGUCAAGUCAAAUGCUUUCCAUCAGAGCAAAAUUGCGUAAUAUUUAAAACAGCUGGUUUUUAAGGCAGUUCAGAAGCAAGAUGGAAUACUUGUAAGUAGAUUGUUAUUCUGAUAGUAGAUGACAUUAUUUUUCAGGGCUGUUUCAAUUAUGCAAUUUGUCAUUUCAUCUCAAUAUCUGGUGAUAAUUUUCUGGUACUCUAAAGAAUUAUACUGGGUUUAUAUGUCAUAAACUAGGAGAUUGUUCUUUAUUGAUUGGUAUACGGGGAAAAUCAAUAUCAAAAGUGGUUAGAGGAUAUUUCCUUUCAAGAAUGUGUAAAAAACAACUUUGGAAUUGAGCAAGCAGCUUACAGAGAAGCAGCUUACAGAGGAGCAGCACUGUCUUAUGAAAGCUUGCCAAAAUCUGUGAAUUAAUGGAUAAACCAGUGAUAGUUAGAACAGGUUAUUUAAUAUUAUAAAAAAUGUAGACACUGGCCCUAUCCAAAUUAUUUCAGUAGUUAGGGGUUAAAGGCAGUCAUUUUUGCUUUUAUUGUAUGUAGUGUAUAAAAACAUUGGAAUGAAAUAUUUUUAUUUUAAUUUUUUUCUUAACUCAGAUAUUGAUAUUGUAUAUUUUUUCUAAAUAAGUCUUUAUAAAAUAAUAAACAAGAAUGUUUUGAGCUUCAGUGUAAACUGUAUCAAUUUCACCACAUCCCUUGCCCAAAAUCCCUGACAGAAACCCUGCAUAUGUGUCACUUCACUUUCUACUCUUGACUAUUGUAUUAAAAAGUUUAGUAAAGAUUUUACAAAUACUGA